AUGGUGGCUAGACACCUCGCCCAUCACAAUUAUACGGUAGCUUGGGUAUGCGUCCUUGCCUGCGAGGUUGACGCUGCACGCGCAUUGCUAGAUGAAGAAGAUGACCCGUUAGAGCCUCUAUUCGGCGACAAUAAUGUCUAUGUCCUUGGGCGCAUGUGGAAACUCAAUGUGGUAAUUGCGUCCCCAUCAAUUCGUGGCGACACUCCCAUGGGCCAAGCAGUCGCUCAUCUCAUCCGCACCUUUCACAAUAUACGCUUUGGUCUGCUGGUCGGCGUGGGUGGAGGAGCUCCGGAUCUGGCCCAUCUUGACCCAAGCAAUGACAUUCGGCUGGGGGAUGUGGUUGUGAGUUACCCUACAGGAAAACAUGGUGGUGUCAUCAACUACAAUGCACCCUCAUGGAAGGAUGAGAAUUCCCCCGAGAUCGAAUCUCGCCUGACUGCGCCCCCCAAUGCUCUGAUGAGUGGAGUAGAGCGCCUUCAAUGCGACCAUCGCUUUUCAAAAGGAAAAGAGAAAAUGCUAUCGAAUGUCGAAGUUGCAUUUACAAGACUCACCGAAGUUCAUCAUUAUCCAAUACACUACUCCGUCCCUGGUCAUGACCCCGAUCAACUGUUCAAUGCAGUGUACAAUCAUGUCGGAGGGAAAUCUGACUGUGGCAGGUGUGACCCCGGUGAGAUUAUAAAGCGGGCUCAACGAACCAAAGACGAACCACAGGUUCACUAUGGCCUCAUUGCUUCGGCAGAUCGCGAUGUGAAUUCAACUAAACUACGAGAUCUCCUACGCAACUCCUGGGGUGUCGCAUGUCUGGAGAUGGAGGCCGGUGGUUCGCUGAUCGAUUUCCCUUGUGUUUUCAUCCGGGGUAUAAGCGACUACUGUGAUACUCAUAGAUCGGAUGAAUGGCAGCCAUACGCAGCGGCCAGUGCUUCCGCAUAUGCCAAAGACCUUCUCAGGUUAAUGGGCCCUGAGCAGGUUGGAGGAAUAAGGCUGGCACAGGGGCCUUAG